AUGGUGCUCUCCACUAUAGAUGAGAUCGCAAUCGAAGUCGAUAAGAAGUCAUACAACGAGCCAACCACCGCCGACGUCAAGUCUGAGUCUAUCCAAUAUGUGGAAGAGCCCACACUGUUGGAAUGGACGGAAGCAGAGGAACAGGCUGUCAAGCGUAAAAUCGACUGGCACACUGUUCCACUGGUGACAACUUUAUAUCUUCUCUGCUUCCUGGAUCGAGCAAACAUUGGAAAUGCCCGAAUCCAGGGCAUGGCCAAGGACAUCGAUCUUAAAGGAUACCGAUUCAACUGGGCGCUGUCAACAUUCUACAUCAUUUACCUCCUGGUCGAAAUACCGAGCAACAUCAUUCUCAAGCGCAUCGGUCCACGAUUCUACCUUCCUUUUCUCGUCGCCGGCUUUGGUCUGGUCUCAAUGUGUACGGCUUUCGUCCGCUCGUACGAAGGACUAGUCGUUGCCCGCGCAUUUCUAGGCAUCUUUGAAGGCGGUGCCAUGCCAGGGUUCUCAUUCUUCUUGAGCAACUUCUACAAGAGAGAAGAGCUUUUGUUCCGGCUGGGCAUUUUUAUUUCAUCUGCUGCGUUAGCCGGUGCAUUCGGCGGCCUGCUUGCCACCGGUCUCUCUCGGAUUCCGGAAUGGGGGUUCGACGGUGCACCUAUUCACACAUGGAGGAACAUUUUCUUCUUUGAAGGGUUCAUCACACUCCUUUUUGGAGGCUUUGCGCCUCUCUGGAUGCCGAGCAAUCCCGCAACCGCCUACUUCCUCGACGAACGACAACGAUCAAUCGCGGUUGAGCGUCUGCAGCGCCAGCACAAGGCCGAUGCUGAGCAGAAAGUGACCGCCUCUGACGUGAAACGAGCCCUCCUCUGCAUCCACAAUUACACUUGCGGAUUCGGUUUCUUCCUCAUCAAUAUUACUGUGCAGGGAAUUUCAGUCUUCAUGCCGACUAUUCUCGCCGACUUGGGCUGGACGGCGACCCGGGCCCAGUUGUACUCUGUACCGCCCUACGUUGUGGCUGCCGUCACCGCCAUCACCAUUGCGUGGUUUAGUGACAGAACGCGUCAACGUGGCAUCUAUCUUGCGGCAUUCUCAAUGAUUGCCGUCAUCGGAUUUGCCAUCCUGCGGUUCGAGACAGAGGCUAAUAUUAGAUACUUGGGUGUCUUCUUUGUCACAGCGGGUGCCUUCCCAGGCGGACCAGGUUUCUAUUCAGCAGGUCCUUCAGUACGCGCUGUGACGAGUGCCUAUGUUGUUUCAAUUGGUACAAUUGGUGGGAUCGUUGCUACUUUGUUUGGCAUCGUAUGGUAUGGGCAGAUCCACACCGCAUGCGAUUUGAUCAAAUGGUAUCAGACACCAAUCUCAAUCACAAUGCGACUUUUGAACACGCGGACGAAGGAACUGCGGAUGUUCAACCACUCUCGCAUUCCUUAUGCGAUCCUUUCCCAUACCUGGGGUCCGGAGGAAAUCACGCUCCAGGACCUGCUCGCUGGAAAUGCGCAUAUUUUGAAGGGCUACAAGAAGUUGAUGGGAGCUUGUAGACAGGCUCUUUCUGACGGAUUUGAUUACAUAUGGAUCGACACCUGUUGCAUCGAUAAAACCAGCUCGUCCGAGUUAACCGAGGCCAUCAAUUCAAUGUGGGCCUGGUAUCGGAAUUCUCGUGUUUGUUAUGCGUAUCUCGAGGACGUCGCCCAAAAGGAUAUUGAGAUCCACGGCGGCUAUUCUAGUGGUUUCAUGAAAAGUCGGUGGUUUACGCGUGGUUGGACACUGCAAGAGCUCAUCGCACCUUCUAUGGUCAUAUUCUAUUCUGAAAACUGGCACGAAAUUGGCACUCGUGACCAGAUGCGAGAGUCUUUGGGUGAGAUUACCGGCAUCGACUACAAAUUCUUCGAAUACGGAAUCUUGGGCCGAUAUAGCAUUGCCCAGAGAAUGUCUUGGGCUGCAAAGAGAAAGACUACGAGGGUUGAAGAUCAAGCCUAUUGCUUGCUCGGAUUGUUUGGCGUCAGCAUGCCAUUAUUGUACGGAGAGGGAGAAAUGGCAUUCAUCCGACUUCAGGAAGAAAUAAUGAGACGGACGGACGACCAGUCAAUCUUUGCCUGGUUGCAGCCGGGGCCUUCAAGAAAUACUGGUUUUCUCGCCAAAUCUCCCUCCUACUUCAAUCAGUCCGGUGGUGUUAAAAGAGUCGAUACUACCCACCGCGUGGCACCAUAUUCAUUCACAAACAAAGGCAUCCAGAUUGAGAUGCCGUUGCUCGAGCCGAGUAGCUCAAAGCUUGGGUUCUCGUUCAUCCCGGGAGAUAACAACGAGCAGUUUGGUUCGGCAGCAGGUAUCUCUUUCACUUUCUCACCAACAAGUACAAUAGCAAUACUCAACUGCAAUAGAGCGGGUCGUCACCUAGGCCUUUACCUGGAGAGAGCAGGCGACCUCGAGCCGUUCUACAGAUGCAGUCACAAACUAGGCUUCGUCUCAGUUCCAGAAGAUUGGGUCAAGGCGGCAAAGAUCGAGACUAUUCUCCUCAGGGCUGAAGAUCCUGAGGAUAUGGAGUCGUUAUGGGGCAAGGAUUCCGACGCGCAGCACAUCGUCGUGGAGUUACCUCAAGAACGGAACCUUGGAUACGACACUAUCAAAGCAUUCCCAGUGGGUAGAUGGGCCAACAGUGGCCCAUGGAGUCACUCAAUCAUGCUCUCCUACGACGUUGAGACCAGCGGCAAAGAGGAGAUACCAUAUCUACACAUCCAAAACGCUGGAGCCCAAAACGGUUUUUGUAUGUUUUUCAAAUUCAAGGCACCAGGCCCGCAUACUGCGUGUCUUCUGAUGGAUGUUGCUGCCGGCGAAACUCCAGCCGUCCCGCAAUCAUCAUCUUUCAUUGUUGCUAGUCUUCCGGCGGGAAACCGACUGGAGGCGUUGGGGAAAGAUCUUAGAGUUACCGCUGAGAUGGCCGCGUCACGAUUUGCAAAGGUUUGGAAGAUUACCAUGGAAAACAGUCAAGGCAAUACAGAUACAAUCCAAGCAUAG